AUGCACCAAUUUAACCUAGUAGUGUUUACGGUGAUCGCGAUCUUUUUAAUAUUCGUACGAAAAGUGACACUUGAAAGUGUUAGCCCCUCUGAAUCUGAACUUAGCUUUGCUGAAAGCGUCUACGUUAGACUGUCUAGUGCAUGCAGGGCUUUAGUUGACUUACAAUACUACUCAAUGAAAAGUCAAAAUGGAAUAAUUAAGACAAUGAAAAUAACUCAACUAAAUGGCAGCAUGACUAAAACUUUUCCCAUCGACGGAGCAUACCAAAUACUAAUUAAACCCUCAAUGUUCGAUAUCACUAAACAAACAAAAGUUAUUAUACACGGUUUCAGAGACAGCUCACAUUCAUCUGUUUCACAAGAUUUAGCUGAAGCAUACAAUGAAAAAAACAUUUUUAAUGUGCUAUUAGUUGAUGCCGAAGAAAUGAUGAACAAAGGAUAUGUACUAUCUGUUCAUAAUGCACGUUUGAUAGGAAAAAGACUUGCUAAUCUUUUAGCAAAUUUGGAAAACUUCGGAGCUAACGCUGAAGAUUUUCACCUAAUCGGCAUCAGUCUUGGAGCCCAUAUAGCUGGUUGGACUGGAAAAUAUUUCCGACAGUACAAACGUAAUUCCAUUGGACGUAUAACGGGCUUAGAUCCUGCGGGUCCAUGUUUUUCAUAUGCGUACGCUGAUCAGCGGUUGGAUAAAACUGAUGCGAGAUAUGUUGAUGUAGUGCAUUCAAAUAGAUUGGUACAAGGCAUAAUAGAGCCCUUGGGCCACGCGGAUUUUUAUAUUAAUGGUGGAGGACCAAUGCAACCAGGUUGUAUGGUACCUUCCUGCAGUCAUCUUAGAGCAGCAAAUAUUUACGCAGAAAGCAUAAAAGUACCUAAGUCGUUUGUGGGGAUCCGAUGCCGAAGCUGGAAGCAUUUCGAAGAAAAUGCUUGUGAAGAUAAAGAUUACGCGGUGCUCGGCUAUGGGUCGUCAACAGCAACCAGAGGUUUUUAUUACCUACGAACUUCAGCGAGUUCACCCUUUGGACUAGGAAUGGAAGGAACAAAAAUUCUGAAGUCAUCAAUGAAUAGCUAG